CAGCUCCCCUUUCUAAAAUCCUAUCAUGAAGUAUUUCUCUACGCGUGGAGGCGAGACUAAGCUCUCAUUUGAAGAGGCAGUCCUCACCGGUCUCGCACCCAACGGCGGUCUUUACAUUCCAGAAACAAUCCCCACUCUCCCCGAAAACUGGCAGACCGAAUGGGCCAACUACUCCUUCGUCGACCUUUCCGUCGCCAUUCUUUCCCUUUACAUAUCCGAAGACGAAAUCUCUCGCGCUGAGCUCCGCCGACUCGUUGAGAAGUCCUACAGCACUUUCAGACAUCCAGAUGUUACGCCAGUGCAUAAACUGAACGACAAGAAGUUCAUCCUGGAACUUUUCCACGGGCCGACGUUCGCGUUCAAGGACGUUGCGUUGCAGCUGUUAGGCAACUUGUUCGAGUUUUUCCUGGAGAGGAGGAAUGCAAAGAAAGCACAGGGUGAAGUCCCAGAGAAGUUGACUGUUGUGGGUGCUACGAGUGGAGAUACUGGCAGUGCUGCCAUCUAUGGCCUGAGGAACAAGGCUAACGUCUCCAUCUUCAUUCUUCACCCAAAAGGUCGUGUCUCUCCUAUUCAGGAGGCACAGAUGACCACUGUCACCGAUGCCAACGUGCACAAUAUUGCCGUCAAGGGUACCUUCGAUGACUGCCAGGAUAUCGUAAAAGCCCUCUUCGGCGACCGUGCCUUCAACGAAAAACAUCGCCUCGGCGCAGUCAACUCCAUAAACUGGGCCCGCAUUCUCGCCCAAACCGUCUACUACUUCCUCGCCUACUUCCACACCCGCUCCCAACUCCCUUCCGACCCCAACUCCUUCGAACUCCAAUUCGUCGUACCUACUGGCAACUUCGGUGAUAUACUCGCAGGGUACUACGCCAAACGCAUGGGGUUGCCCAUGUCUCGUUUGGUGGUGGCGACGAACGCGAACGAUAUUCUUGCUAGGUUUUGGAAGAGUGGGAAGUAUGAGAAGGUGGAUUCAGCGGCGGCAGGUGAGGCGAAUGGGGCGACGGAGCCUGCAGCGGGUGCGUCGGAUGGGAAACAGGUUACGGGGGGAGGCGUGAAGGAGACGCUGAGCCCUGCGAUGGAUAUCCUUGUUUCAAGUAACUUCGAGAGGUUGCUAUGGUACCUAGCGUAUGGUGCUACGAGUGUGGAAGGAGGCGACGAGAAGAGGAGAGAGAAGGCUUGCCAAACUUUGGACAGCUGGAUGAGCAAGGUCAAGACCGAUGGGAGAGUUGAGGUCCCCGUUGCGGCACUUGAGCUUGCGAGGAAGGAUUUCUUGGCGGAGAGAAUUUCAGACGAGCAGACGCUGGAGACCAUUCGUUCAUAUUAUAGUGGCUCUCCAUCAUAUGUCGCAGAUCCUCACACCGCUGUCGGGAUCACCGCCGCGGACAUCGUCUCGAAGAACAAUUCCGCAUCCACCGUCCAAAUCAUCCUUUCCACCGCCCACCCAGCCAAAUUCUCCGAAGCUGUCACCACCGCCCUUAGCAACUCCUCUAAUUUCGACUUCGCUCGCGAUGUGCUACCCGAAGAGUUCAAGGGGCUUCUGGAGAGGGAGAAGAGGGUAAUUGACGUCGAGAGGCCAGACAUCGAGCUGGUCAAGAAGGUCAUUGAGAGCAAAGUGGGGAAGGAAGUGGUCGUUGGUGGGGAAUUGGGAAAUGGGAGCGUUUGAAGACGUAUACGAGAAUAUGUGAUACAAGUAAUGAUGAGAUGUCUGAGUAUGCUCGGUGUCGCCUGAUAGCAGCCGUGUAAAGUCAUGGUUGGGAAAAAGUUCAGAUGUAUUCG